GCCACGCAAGAGUUUCGUCAAAACUUUUUCCCACUCUUUCGUUCAAAACAGCCCCGCACUGAGUGCUUCGUCAAAAGAGAAAAAGAAAAGGAAAGCAAAAGAAAAAUGGCGUGUGGUGGUAGGUGGUGAGAACUUUGUUAUUGUUUUGUCUUGUUCCCCGGGAAAAAGCAUGCCCGUUUGUGCCGAAAUUUGUGUGCAGUGUUGUGUUGAAUAAUGUGCAAAAUCAUAAUUAUCUUAAUAUCAUCAUGAAACGAAAUAAUAGCACCAACCAGCUACGGCAGCUGCAACAGGCCGGGAAUGCCGCUGAGGAAUGGAAUAGUAACGAUGAUACUCCGAGCAAACGAACGAAAAACCAGCACGGGCUAGAUGUGGGCCCAUCGUACAGUGGUGGUGGGAGCAGCAGCACCAGCAUGGUUGCCCCACCGAGGAUGGAUAAUUACAGUGCUGGUCGCGCGGCCAUUAAUGGUUCGCUGCAGAAAGGUGAAGAGAUUGCAGCAAUGCUCAUGCAUACAACCGAAAAGGCGGACCGCUGCUGGAACUUUGAUCUCGACCAUUGGCUGACCGUGUACGAGCGGGUACGCUAUGGCGAUGUAAACUUCCCCGAAGCUGGCAUGCUGAUCCAGUGUGCCGCCCAAAUCUACGGCCGAAAGGUGGACUAUCUCAUGGACAUCAUCAUGCACAUGUGCGACGAUCAGAAGGCGCGCGAAAAGAAGGCCCAGGAAGAGAAGAAGGAACAGGCCAACGGGGAGAAGGGGGGCGAAGGUGAAGCAGGCGUGCAGGAGGAGCAAGCGGCAGCAGGCGGCAAAACCGGCGGUCGGAAGCGGGCCGGAAAGUUUAACCCGCAGUCGCUGUCCGAUUGCUUCGGCGAUUUGGAGUUUACGUGCAAUGACGGCAAGCUGGCCAAGCUGGAAUCGCUUAUCCGACCGGUCGCGAUCGUGGAUGUGGACCGGCGGACGAAGGUGCGGCAGAUGCAGGACCUCUGUGCGGAGCUGCGGGCGAAUCCGAGCCGCCAGCGGCGGCAGGAAAUUUUGAACCGCAUGCGGGACGACGCCUGCAUUGCGCCGAUCAUGUCGAGCAAUGGGGCGGCGCUGAAGAGCCAAAUUUUGGAUCUCGAGUCGGGCGAAACGAUCGGCACGCGGUACGACUACCAGAUCCACCUGAACUACAUCGACGGGCGGACGGGUUCGCUGAUUGCCGAGCACGAUCUGAAGCGCUUCUUCCAGCGGUGUGACGUGAUGGACUUCCUGUCCGAGCAGCACCUGUCGGAGCGGGAGCGCUGCACGCGCCUUGGCAUGCCCGCACCGACCGAUAUGCUGGCGCAGCGGGAGCGCGAGCUGAAGCUGUACAUGCCGCCGGAGUAUUUGAGCAACCGGUACCGGAUCAAGCUGCACGAUACGACGGACUUUGACAACGCGCUCAUACAGGCCCGGGUGACCAAUUACGACACCGAUCCGAUCCUUUCGCUGAUGGACCAUGAGGCACGGGCGGCGGUACAGCUGCCCGCCGGUGAAGGUGACGAUGUUCGACCACGGAACGUUACCUCCAGCAUUCCGAACCAUUCCCCAGCAAACGGAAGCAGUAAACAACCGGACAGCGGCAACGGUAACAGCCAGGCGCAGGACGAUUCCGGCAUCGAGCACGAAACGAGCGCCACUGAGGAGGAGGACAGUGAUCCUUCCUUUAGCGGUGUGCUGUGCUCGUCCCGGGCGAACGAGUCCUCAGUGGAGGAACUGGAAAGUACGCAGGAAAAGAAGGAUCUAACGUUAAGCGCGUCGGAUUCAAAUGGAUCACAGGACCUCGACUCGACCGUCAAUAAGCUCGAUUCAACGGACAAAUUGGAAAGCACCGACACAAAAUUGGGACCACGGCUUAGCGUGGACGAAGGUAUCGGUGUGGAUCGGGAAUCACCUCCCCGAACGGGGCCCAUUCGCCUGGAGGAUGCGGCGGUAAAAGUGGACUCUGCGGUCACAUUUUCCCGUGGGGUCGUUUUCCCCCGGCCCGCCGUACUGCGUCCGGCAAAGCUGGUGCAGAACAUAUUCGGUAUUCCGGACGAGCUGGCCCGCAAGCAUGUACAGUUUACGCUGCCAAUGGAGUAUCGGAAAAUGAAACUGGAGCUUGCCAAACGCCAGGAGGAACGGAGAAAACAAAUGCAAACGAUCGAGCUGCACAGUCUAAAGCCGACGGCUGAAUCACUCGCGCGACCAUCAACCCCGGACCUGGAAGAUUUUCUUGGCUUUGAUGACGAUGAAACCGAUCAACCACAACUAAAACCGAACAAUAAACGAACAAAAAGUGCUCCUGCAAGUGCGGAAUUGUCCCCCGCGCGGCAAAAGAAAUCAUCCACACCGGAGCCGGACUUUGAAGGCUUCGACGAGGAGGAAAUCCUCUCCGCCCGCAAAGCGGCCGAAGAAUGGUUCAAAGGAAUGCCGGGAAAGGCGAAACUUCUAACCAGCAGCCCGAACAGAAGAGCGGUUGGAGCAUCGCUACCGGCCACACCGACCCGCACACUGUCGUGCGAUUCCGGCAUAUCCGACACGGUCGAACGUACGAAUGGGAAAGACUCCUGUACACCACCCGUAAGCCCCCGGCUCGAGCCCCUCCCGGAAGAUGGAGGUGCAGCAGACAGUGAUACUGAAGCGGUUCCCCGCCCCACCACCGCGGACAGUGUGACGAACGAGGAGACGCAACCGCCGGAACCGUCCGCACCCGGCCCCGCCGUACAGCAUGAGCCGCUGCAAGAGCACACGGACGAAGCGAACGCUCGCAUCCAGCAAAGCAUGCACGAGGCGAAGGAACGCUUCGACAAGGUUAGCCAAUGGCACCGGAAGCUGAAACCGAUUCUGAUCGAGUCGGAGAAGCGCAAUCACUUCGACAUACACGCGUACGGCACGGAAAUUAUUGACACGUUCGAUCCAACCGCACCGCUCGGCGCGGAAGCGAUCACGCUCGAGCGGGUGCUGGAGCACAAGCCGCCCCACAGUACGGCCCGGUUCUUCCUCUCCAUGCUAAUGCUGGCCAACACCAACAACGUGCAGAUAUGUAACAAAAACCCGGACCCGCUGCGGCUGUCCGCGGCCAGCGAGAUCGAGCUGCGGCUGCUGAGCCGCAAACGGCACCACAAAGAGCUGGAAGCGCUCGGUGAGCUGCUGCCGCCGGACGGUGAUGGCCACGAGCAGGCGGCAAGCGAUCGUAACCGGCAGAAGCGCAAAAAUCGAAAGCGCAAGAUCGUGUUCGAGGAGCAAACGGACGAGCGGGAGGAUUUGCCGCGGGCCGACACUGCCAGCCGGCUCGGUGGGCUGGACUCAAACCUGGACGACGGAAGCAGCUUCCUCGACAGUGUCCAGCAGCUGUACGCAGAUCUGAACGGGGAAGAUUCUCAGCGAAAGCGUCUAGCGUUCCGGCGGGGCAUGAGAAGCUGUGCCUACGGGCUGAACGACGGGUCCAAUGCGGAAGCCUCCAAAUCGUCACCGUCGUUACCUCCCCCGGUAGUACCGUUGUGCAAUAGCGAAUCGGUAAGCAAAUCUCCGCCCAAUCCACACACUAACGCGCUACUGGCCGACCCCGGAGGUGGGGUGGAGCCGGCCGAUGACCUGUUGACGGUGGAUCUGCUUACUAACCAUGCAACGCUAGUACCUGUCCGCGAUCCUGACACGCUGUGUGCGAAAAGUGUGUUCUCGCUUGCGGAAUCGGGUUACGAGUCGAUGCUCAGUGGCGGAGACGACGUCUAGCGAUUGGCAGUAGCGUGUAAGGAAUGUAAAGUGUAAGGAACUAGGGUUUAGUACAAUGGCGAGGCCGACAAAAAACGUAUAAAAUUAACAGACACCGCUGGUGGUCUGUGUGUACAUAUGAGGUCUACUGUUAGAAGAUAGGCUAGGUUUUUAACAAGAGAGAGAUCUUUAUAUUUUAGCUUCUUUCUUAGUAUGACCGAGAGCAGAAGGGUCCCCAUUCCCCAGUGAGACAACUAACAAUAGCUCUCCAUCUCAUCCUUUCCUUUACUAGCACCCGCAGUUCUGAUCCUUCUCCUGAUGAAAGUACAAAACGUUAAGCGUCAUCAUCACCCCACAGCAGUUUAGCUAUUAUUAUAAGACAAAGAGUACUACAAUACUCUGCACGGCCCUAUUGACACGCGCGCAUAUCCUUGGCAAGGAAAGUGCACGCAUUUCCAGCCCAAAAACCACCCCAAACCACCCUUGACCAGUUGCAUUUCUCCCCCUAAACCAAGCUAAAGGUUCCUUCUGUCGAAUAGCAAUUU